CAUACCUAAUCCCGAAUUCCAAACUAAAAAUCACAAACAAACUCCAAAAUGCACACCUCAGAAAACCUCCAAUACCCCUCCAGCACCUCCGGCACCGACACCAGCCCCAGCUCUGCCUCCCAGCCAUGGACCCCCCACGACGACUCGUCCACCUCCACCUCCGACGAAGAAGAAGUCCUCUUCGACCUCGACGAGUCCGCCAUGGCCGAGCUCCCGAUCCACCUGCAGCACACCAUGCGCGAGAUCCAGCGCGAGCGCGUCCGUCGGCUCAGCCAGGGUCCUGAGAACCUCAUGUCUAUGAGCGUGUCUGUGAGUAUGACCAUGGACAUGGGGAUGCGCAACGACUCCCACUCCCCCGUCCAUUCCCACAAUACCUACGACAGAUGGGUGCAGAACAUGAUGUCGCGGAUGUCAAAUGAUCAGGAAAUGAGUGUCGCGAGGGAAGCUAGAGAAUUGGAAAAAGACAUGCAUCUGAACAAGGAGAGUAAUGCGUUCGGUCAGGACCUGCGGUCUGCAGGUGUCUACGUACAUGGUCCUGGGGAUGAGCAUAGCAUGGAAGCUUCCUCGGGGCGGUAUUACAGUCGGAGCAUCUCGAUGUCCGGACGGAAUGUGUUUCUCGGCUGCAUGGGGUCUUUUGAAAGGAAUGUGUUGACAAGAUGCACGAAUGGCAGACAGGCUGUUGGUGGUGUGCUUGGGGAUAAAUUUGCCGCCGAGCAUGUUUCUGAGGUUAAUGUGCGGGUUGGAGGGGAGAUGCAGCAGCAGCGCAGUAGGAGAGGCCAGUUUCGCAAGACAAUUCUGUCUGCGGUGCGGGUGCGGGUGAAGAAGAGUGUUCAGAAGAUGAGCAUGUUUUUUAAGAAGUGAUUGGGUAUGGGGAGAGUUCUAGGGGUUUGUCUGUUGUUUCUUUUCUACCGGGUAUGCAUGGUGAUGUGAUGUUUGAUGAGUUAUGAUUGGGUAUGUUAACUGAAGGGAAAAGUGCAUGGUAUUUCAGCAAGGGAUAUGUGGGAUAUGUAGAUUGCACAUUCAAUGUGGAUGAAAGUAGAAGAUGAAUGCAAGAAGAGAAGAUGUAGAAGAGGAAAGUAAG